UUUUCUAUCAUUUUGCUACGUUGAUUGUUUCAUUACCACAGGUGGAAGUGCUUUUUUUUUUCACUUUCAACAAUGGCUCUUUCAGUCGAGAAAACCUCCAGCGGACGUGAGUAUAAGGUGAAGGACAUGUCUCAGGCCGAUUUCGGUCGACUCGAGAUCGAGUUGGCCGAAGUCGAAAUGCCUGGUCUCAUGGCAUGUCGAACUGAGUUCGGCCCUGCCCAACCUUUCAAAGGAGCCAAAAUCACAGGUUCCCUUCACAUGACAAUCCAAACCGCUGUCCUCAUCGAGACCCUCACAGCCCUCGGAGCCGAAGUCCGGUGGUGCUCGUGCAACAUUUUCUCCACCCAAGACCAUGCCGCCGCAGCCAUCGCUCGUGACUCCGCUGCCGUGUUCGCCUGGAAAGGUGAGACUCUCCAGGAAUACUGGUGGUGCACUGAGAGAUCGCUCGAUUGGGGUCCCGGUGGCGGACCUGACUUGAUCGUCGAUGAUGGUGGGGAUGCUACGUUGUUGAUCCAUGAAGGUGUUAAAGCCGAGGAAGCUUUCGAGAAAACCGGGAAAGUUCCGGAACCUGCUUCGACUGAUAAUCCGGAGUUUCAGAUUGUUUUUUCGAUCAUUAGAGAUGGUUUGAAGGCUAAUCCCAAGAGAUUUACGAAGAUGAAGGAGAGAUUGGUUGGUGUUUCUGAAGAGACGACGACUGGUGUCAAGAGGCUUUAUCAAAUGGAGGCUAAUGGAACCUUGUUGUUCCCUGCUAUCAAUGUCAAUGACUCUGUCACCAAGAGCAAGUUUGAUAACUUAUAUGGAUGCCGUCACUCACUUCCUGAUGGCUUAAUGAGAGCCACCGAUGUCAUGAUUGCCGGCAAGGUCGUCGUUGUCUGCGGUUAUGGUGAUGUCGGAAAGGGUUGUGCUUCUGCCAUGAAGCAAGCCGGAGCUCGUGUCAUCGUGACUGAGAUCGAUCCGAUCUGUGCCCUUCAGGCUCUAAUGGAAGGGCUCCAGGUUCUAACUCUUGAAGAUGUUCUUUCGGAGGCUGAUAUAUUCGUCACCACGACUGGUAACAAGGACAUCAUAAUGGUUGAUCACAUGAAGAAGAUGAAAAACAACGCCAUUGUUUGCAACAUCGGUCAUUUCGAUAAUGAAAUCGACAUGUUGGGCCUCGAAAAGUAUCCUGGCAUCAAGCGAGUCACCAUUAAGCCUCAAACUGAUAGGUGGAUAUUCCCUGAAACCAAGACAGGGAUCAUUCUGUUGGCCGAAGGCCGUCUCAUGAACUUGGGAUGUGCCACAGGUCACCCUAGCUUCGUGAUGUCGUGUUCGUUCACGAACCAAGUGAUCGCGCAGCUCGAGCUGUGGAAGGAGAAGGCGACCGGAAAAUAUGAGAAGAAGGUCUACGUUUUGCCAAAGCACCUCGACGAGAAAGUCGCGGCACUUCACCUAGGGAAGCUUGGAGCUAAACUCACCAAGCUCACCAAGGAUCAAGCUGACUACAUUAGUGUCCCAAUUGAGGGUCCUUACAAGCCUCCUCAUUAUAGGUACUGAGGAGUGAACACGAGAGAGCGUUUGACUGAGGAACGGCGCAUUCGGAUGGUUUAAUCGUUUCUUUUUACUGCAAUUUAUCUCAUGAUUUGUGGUAGGAGUUUUGUUUGGGUGGUGGGAAAGUUCUGGGGGAAAAUGUGAAUGGUAUGG